AUGGGUGGACUCAUUCCUUUGAUGCUCGGCUCGGGCUCAAGGACGAGCCUUAUCGGUGCCCCUUCCUCUCAACCCCAACUUCGGCGCCAGUCGACAGGCUGCGCUACCACGACUCCGACGACGACAACCACCACCAACCUCACGUCGACAAGCCCGACAAUACCCACGUACGCGGUGCGGCCCAGGUUACCAAAACGACUCUCGUUGCCCGCAAAACGGUCAUCGUUGCCAGCAAAACGGUCCUCGUUACUCGCUCCUGCCAGACCCGCGCCAAUACCAAUUUUACCGUACACAAAGGAGGACUGGAGGAAGACGAUCGCCGAGGUUAAGAGGAAAUACUUUGGCAAGCGGUACCGUGCAUGCUCAGCCCGGUGUUUGGAGGUUCUCGACGGUAUCAAGGACACUUCGGAGGUUGAGCCGGUCUACCUGAUCUAUCUGCAUUUCUAUGCCGCGACAUCACUGGAGAUUUGCGCACGACCACUACCCUCGACGACCGGUCUCCGAGCCACCCUUCUUCAACAAGCUCGCUCGCAUUUUGAGCAAGCCUCGGUUUUAAUCAACGCGGCCGAGGAAUCUGUCCUGCGGAAAUUCCGCCCCGGUUCUGUCGGCUCUUCGCGUGAUUCAACCUGCCUCUCACCCUCUGAAUCCGUACCCUCUCGCGCUUGGACCCCUGACACCAGCGUAUCCUCCCCCACCGACUCUGUCUGCUCGUUCGACGACUUAUGCUAUCAGCCGCGUUCCGUUCCCUCUAACCCACCAUCUCCCCCAAAACGUGUCAAGAAGGUUUCCUUCUCCCUUCCGAAAGACGCCGCGCCGCUUCGCAUCACGGUCCCGCCACCCCUUCCACCAUCAGAGCCCAUCAUCCGCCCAGACUCGCCCACGCUCGGCUUCGAAGAGGACUUUUUCCGCAUGACCCCGGUCCCGGCACCUGUUCCCGACCUCUGCCCUGUCUCUACACACAAACUCAAGUUCCGCGAGAUCGAACUUCCUCCGCUUCAAACAAUACACGAACACGAGCGGGACGCACCCGAGGAACAACCCCAUCGCCCAUUAGACGAGGAGGAAGCACCAGAAGAAUCAGAAGGUCACUACGUUGCGGAAUCCGUUACCCGCGCCUGUGAGCAUCUGACCAGCCUACGCAAUCAGCUUCGCCGCCACUCCACCAGCCUCGACCAGCUCCUGCAACUACAAUCCCAAUCCGCCAACCCCAACUCCAAUGGCCCCUCUUACCCAGCAUCAGCGCCACAAAGCCCAACAACAUCCAUGCCAAUUUCCGUCGUCAGACGUCUCUCUCUCAUGUCCACCAACAACGACUCAACGGCAGGAUCGACAACAGCAGAGACCAAAUCGACAGGCAAUAAGAGCGAAGACGCCCGUUUUCGUGACCGGCAAGCCCGCAUUGAACGCCUGCGGCUAUGUGGCUGGCAGCGCAAGCGGUUUGAUGGGCGACCGUACGAGGAGCUGUGCGGAACUGUGCUGGCGGAGAUUUCAUAG